AUGGACCAGGAGACCAGCACCAAGAGAGAUGAGACAGCAGACUCUGCUCCUAAUAAUGGACCAGGAGACCAGCACUCAGAUGAUACAGUCAAACAUAAUACCAAAGAUCUUACUUUAAUUAUUUGUGAUUCAGUACAUGUUCAGUGGUGGAAGAGACCCUCUGGAGUUGCUGCAGUGUGUCUGGGGCUGCUGUGUGUUCUCCUACUGGCUGGGAUCAUAGGCCUGUCUGUCUACUAUGGAGUCAUUGGUCAUCACAACUCAACAGAGAAAAACCAGCUACAGACAAGUAACAACAACCUGACUAAAGAGAGAGACCAUCUACAGACCAGUUACAACACCCUGACUAAAGAGAGAGACCAGCUACAGACCAGUUACAACACCCUGACUAAAGAGAGAGACCAGCUACAGACAAGUAACAACACCCUGACUAAAGAGAGAGACCAGCUACAGACCAGUUACAACACCCUGACUAAAGAGAGAGACCAGCUACAGACCAGUUACAACACCCUGACUAAAGAGAGAGACCAGCUACAGACCAGUUACAACACCCUGACUAAAGAGAGAGACCAGCAUACCAAUUGUAAACAAACCUGUCCUGAAGGCUGGCAGAAGUUUGAAUCCAGUUGGUACAUCCUGUCUACUGAGGCUAAAACCUGGAAGGAGAGCAGAGAGGACUGUCUGAAGAGAGGAGCCGACCUGGUGAUCGUAAACAGUGAUAAGGAACAAGAGUUUCUCUUCAAACUCAAGAAGAGAGUCUGGAUUGGUCUGACUGACUCUGUUAGUGAGGGGACUUGGAAAUGGGUGGACGGUACCCCACUAACCACCCCAAGGUACUGGAAUGACCAUCAGCCUGAUAGUGGAGAUCCUAGUGGGGAGGAGGACUGUGUUGAGAUACAUAAAGAUUGGAUCUUUCCACUUAAGGCAUGGAAUGACAUGCCAUGUUACUGGAAACUCAACUGGAUUUGUGAGAAAGUGGUUUAACAUCAUCAUGACAACAUACUGUAGCCUGCAGAGCACACAACUUCCUCCUUCAUUCUCUCUCUCUCUCUCUCUCUCACACACACACAGAUAGAGCCUCUGUCUUGAUCUCGCUCACACACUGCCUAAAUCCCAAACACACCCGUACACAGAUUUUCACACACACGCAAGCACACAUGCAUACACGUACACACACGCAUGCAAAUGCACCUAUUAUUGUAUUUGUUUGUAGUAUCUUAUUAAUAAAAGUCCUACUUAUUUCCUGAUUGUA